CUCUGGCUUGACACCAAUGGUCAACGGUCUAGUACAACAGGGGAAGUGGUCAAUUUAAUGUCUGUUGAUUGUCAAAGGGUCCAGGACAUGAUGAGCUACACUUGGAUGAUAUGGUCCAUCCCACUACAGGCAGGUCACACUUUAUAAUAAAUUAGUUUGAAUCAAAAUCAUUUACUGACCCCAUUUGCUUUAGUGAAGGCCUAAGUGACACUUAUAAAUAGCAGAAGCUAUUUCCCUUCAGAUAUUCCUGGCUGUCUACCUCUUAUGGAACACCCUGGGUCUUCCUGUGUUGGCCGGUCUUGGGCUACUGAUGCUGCUGGUACCCUUCAACGGGGUGAUUGCCUACCAACAACAACGACUGCAGAGGGAAAAUCUUUUAUGGAAAGAUAGGAGGAUCAAGAUGGUGAAUGAGGUCCUGGGUGGGAUAAAGGUUAGUUGCUUGUACAGAGGGUAUUCUAUACACUAAUUAAUAUAAAAAUACUUGAAUUUGAUUUUUUUAUUGAGCAACAAAAUAGCAUAAGUUGCCUAAGUGUCAGUCAUAAUACAAUGUUCUCAUAAAAGGAAAUGACAUUGUAUUUUCCAUUUCAUAAGCAUAUUAUUGCAAAUUUUUAAACUAAGAAAAGACAAUUUUUUAAGUAUAACAUAUAAAAUAUUUGAAUACAUUUGCAGGUGCUAAAACUGUAUGCAUGGGAAGAAUCAUUUCAAAGUAAGAUUUUGUCUCUCAGGCAAAGGGAGAUGAAUGUGCUCACCAAGCUUGCUUGGCUCAAUGCUAUAAGUAUCUUCAUAUGGACUUGUGCCCCUUAUUUGGUGAGCUGUGAAGACUUACAAUACUUCAGAUCUUAUGUUUGUUAGUGUUAUUUUUCUCAUGUAGUUGGAUGUUUAUAUGGAAAUCAGUGGGGUAAGCAAAUUUUUCAUAUUAGUGUGAGAGAUUGUUUUGGUUUUGGUUAUAUUAUAUAUACAUUGUUUUGGUUUUGGUUUCAUUUUUAAACUUUGACAGGGGUAAAUAAAAAUCUUUUUUAUCAAAAUAUAUAUGGCUAACUUGUGUAAUAAAUUAAUUUUUUUAAAGUUGAAAAAAAUUAAAACAAGAACAUUUCCAAUUAAAAUGAAAUUAAAAUAUUAAUGAUAAAUUAGAAAUAGUUUUCAUUUAAAGUAAAAUGAGAGGGGUUUCCUAGAGCUGUCUAAUUUUUGCCAUCAUUUUGAUGGCAAUACUUAUUUUAAAAUAGCAAUAAUUUAUUAAAACUUGGAACACUUUAUUAAAACCAGUAAAUCUUUACAGGGAGAGAUUAAAUUGUGUCCUUUUCUACAAAAAACUUAAAAUAUUACAUCAUAUUACAUCCAGAUACUAUGCCAUUGUACAAUGAUCACAGAAUCACAAAAAGCGAAAACAUUGUAGUAUUUUUUUGGAACAUCAUGUCUGGCUGAAAUGUUGGAUUAUUAUUAUAUUACCAAACCUCCCAAUUGCAGGUCUGCCUUGUGUCGUUUGCCACUUUUCUACUUGUCAAUCCUGACACACCAUUGACUGCUGACAUGGCUUUUGUAACCUUGGCACUUUUCAACAUUCUGCAGUUUCCUAUAGCAUUUAUUCCUGAGAUGGUUUCUUUCACAACACAGGUCAGUAACAUCAUUGUUUUAUACAGUGAAAUAAUUGGAACUUAGUAUUCUGGACCAAUGUUUAAAAAAAAUAUUAAAAUAAUAGAGAAAAAUGAGGAUCUUGUUGUUGUCUGGAUUAUACAUGAAAACUGAUGGUAUUGAUUCAAGAAAUAGUUAUAGCUUGAUCAUUUGAUUAUAUUUAAUAAGAAAUGAUAUCUUUUUAAAGAACCUUUCUUGGUGACUUUUCUCAUGGGAAGUGUUUUAUUUAAAAUGUUUUCAGAUAUUGUAGACUAUACUGGUCUUUUUUAUAUAUAUAUUUUAGGCAAGUGUGUCCAUUAGCAGGAUAGGGCGCUACUUGUGUCAGACAGAACUAGAUAAGUCCCACUAUGACAGGAGAGAUAUGAAGGGUAAGUCACCAAGCUAGGAAGGGGAGUGAAGCAGUAGCACAUCUGUCCGCAUGCAAGACCUGGUACAGCAAAGACACUUUGUGAAUUUCAUAUAAUUUUUUUAACUGGGCUGUCAAAUUUUAGCCAUAGGGUAAUAUUUUUGUAGAAUGAUUUCAACAGAUUUAUUAAUAAUUGAAAUUUGAUUUUUAAAAAAAAUUGUAAUUAAUCAAAAUUUAAAUAUUAAAAUAUAUAAAUAUUUAAGACGUCAUAUAAUUAAUGUGGGGCAGUAUUGUUUUUGUAGCUUUAUUAAUCUAUGGUGUUUGUCUAAUCUCAAAAACUAAGUUCUGACUUGUGUAGUUAUUUCAUGUUAAAUGUUUUGUUUCAUCUCAAAAACUGAGUUCUGACUUGUGUAGUUAUUUCAUGUUAAAUGUUUUGUUUCUAAUCAAAAACUGAGUUCUGACAUGUGUAGUUAUUUCAUGUUAAAUGUUUUGUUUCAUCUCAAAAACUGAGUUCUGACUUGUGUAGUUAUUUCAUGUUAAAUGUUUUGUUUCAUCAGAUAAUGCUGUGACCAUAGACAAGGGAAUCUUCACAUGGGACCCUGAGGCCAAUUUCAGACUGAGUGGGUGAGAACAGGAGCUGUUCACUCCUAAAAUACAUCAUCCCUGUCAAAUUGAUGAUAGCCUGUUAUGCAGGGCAACUUUAUGAUAGCCUGUUAUGUAGGGCAACUGGAUGAUAGCUUGUUAUAUAGGGCAACUUAAUGACAGCCUGUUAUGUAGGGCAACUUGAUGAAAUCCUGUUAUGUAGGGCAACUUGAGGAUAGCAAGCUAUAUAGGGUAACUUGAUGAAAGGCUGUCAUGUAGGGCAACUUGUGGAUAGCUUUGUUAUGUAGGACAACUGGUAGAUAGCAUGUUAUAUAGGGUAACUUGAUGAUAGCCUGUCAUAUAGGGCAACAUGACUUGCCAUGUAGGGCAACUUGUGGAUAGCAUGUUAUAUAGGGUAUCUUGAUGAAAGGUUGUCAUGUAGGGCAACAUGAUGAUAGCUUGUCAUGUAGGGCAACUAAAUGAUAGCCUGUCUUGUAAUUGAUUUAUUUUUUUUAAACUUGAAUAUUUUCUCUUAAGAAUAUUCUUAAAUAAGCCUCUUCAAAUACUUAGUUGAACUAUAUAACAAUCAAACCAUCAUUACUGAUUAUUAAUCUAUAUUAUUGUUUUGUUGGUCAGGAUCAAUUUGGAGAUUCCAAGUGGAAACUUUGUGGCAGUUGUGGGCCCUGUAGGCUGUGGCAAAUCUUCCAUCUUGUCAGCCAUUUUGGGAGAAAUUGAUAGGAUCCAGGGACAUGUGCACACAUCAGUAUGUAUCGUUACCAUGAUAACUGGUAUUAUAUGUUAAUUCUUCAUCUGUUGCUUUUUUCUAUAUUUUUGAAACACUGUUUUUUUGUCACUUUAUUUCCUUGAGUCUUCUAACUUGACUUCAAGACUUGUUUGCUCUACGCCUGUGCACAUUAUUUUUAACUCCUGGAAAUUGAUUUGCUUCUUAUUACUGAUAUAUACAUAAGUAGAUAUACGGUAACGUCUAUACCGGUACCACUGUUUUUUUUAUACCGGUAAUAUGAAACAUUCGGUGUGUGUGAAACUUGAGAGGGGAAAUAUGUCAGCCAAAAGCCAUUUCAAGUAAUUUGAAAGAAAAACCAAAUUAUUUUUUUUUAAAAGAUGAUAAACCUAGCUCAUAGUAAUUAGAAAUGCACUGUCAUUAAGUCUCAGAAUCAACUUAGAAAUCAACAUAAUUUUGUAUCAAUUACAUUUUCACAGAUUCUGGGUACUUUGUAUUCAUGACCUGAUCACAUCCUCCCUUUCAUUCCUUAGUUUUCUGUUCUAUGGCUUUCCAUCUUAAUUACUCUAUAGCAUAUCCAUUGGAUUACUAGCGGACAUAACAAAGUCUGAGAAGUAACUGAGAACUUAAAGUAAUGUUGUAUCAUCAAUCAAGUAUUUACAGAUACAGGAUGCUUUGUAUUUAUUACCUGAUACCUCAAAUUACUUCCUUAGUUAUCUAUUUUAUGGCUCCCCAACUUAAUUACUCUGUACCUUAUCCAUUGAAUUACUCAAGGAUAUAGGAAGGAAACAAAACUCAUUCUAAGUAUGGAUAAAUCUGUUUUAAAACUUCAUGCUACUUUUACAAUUUUAGUAAGAGAAGAAAACUUCUCUGCAGCCUGUAUGCUUUAAUUAAUUUUGUCAGAAAUGUUUUUAAAUAUCAAUCAGCUAAUUAUUUACAAUGAACCACAUAAUGUGAAUGCACUAAAUGGGAUCCACUUUUUUCCAGGGCAGCUUGGCCUAUGUUCCACAAACAGCUUGGAUCCAGAACUGCUCACUCCAGGACAACAUUCUCUUUGGUUCAACUUACAACCAUAAAAAGUACACUAAAAUUGUUGAUGCCUGUGCUCUCAAAUCUGAUCUUGAA